CAAACCUGAAACAAUAGUCGUUUUCUUGCUUAAAGCAGAAAGAAACACCUCAAGAGACAUUUACCUAAUCCCUGUCUUUUCCUUUGUGAUGUGCAUCCUCUAUUAGUGUAUGUAAUCUUUGAAGCACCCCCUCCACUAGCUUUUGGGGCUUUGUAGUGCGUGUCUCUUGCUGCCAGAACCAAUAUAGGGGCAUUUACUCGAAUGUUUUUUUUUAAAAAGUUUUCCACCUGAGCGAGCAGGGAUUUCAUCGUUCUGGACUCUGUUUUCAUCGGCUUUAUUUGAAGUUGGUGAUGGGGUAAUCUGUAAGAUUGCAUCGAUUUUGGUUGCUUCACCCUCAAGUUCGUCCCCUCAGUAAAUCAUCAUUGUCAAUCUCGUCUUCAUCCGUAGCAUACAAGCGAUCUUACACCGCCAUCUUAUCGAACUCCUCUAGUUCUAUAUCAGUCAUAGGUGGUGGUGGAGCAGUCAAAUCUUCACCCAUAUAUUUCGAUUCAAGCCCUCACCUAUCUCCAUUUGUACGAUCCAGAUUCUUCUUCUUUUCUAUCGACUGUCGCGCCAAAAUUGUUGUAUCCUUUGUUUGCGGGCUCUCAUCUCACCAAAGUACUGGACUUUUUCAGAGAUGCAUAAUUAAUAUUGCCACGCAGCAGUUAUCUGAUUGCCCCCGAGUUGAGUUUGCCAAGCUUACGAGGGAUCUCAUACGCUUAAGAGUAUCCUUUGGAGCAUUCUACGGAGCAUUCAUAAGUCGCAUAGAAGUUCCUUGAGUAAUUUGUCCUGCUGCCUCAUCUCUAGACUUUCUGUAACUUUGUCUUUCCUCUGUUAACACCUCUGGACAAGAGCUAACUUCGUGUGAUAUACGUUUGCAUAAGAAGCAGAAACGAUGAAGGCCUUCAUACUCGAAGUUAAAUUUACCAAUGUCGCCAUUCGGAAAACAAACACGUCUUUUAAACUGUAGAGGCUCGUUAACAUUGAUUGAAGCCUAAAAUCUUGCAUUCUCCGCAUCUGUUUUGAGGACUCGUCCCAAAGAUUUCCCAAUGGCCUUGAAGGUUUCAUCGUUUCAGUAAUGGACCGGAACACCUGUGACUCGAAGUUAAAAUGGCAUGAUCUAGUUAAAAAAGCCACCAAGACUGGUCUGUGAGGGUUAAGAGAAAGCAAUCUCUUAACCUUAUUAGCAUAGUUUGAUAGUUGUCGACCAAAUCUACACUUUUGUGCGUGAAAAGUUACGGCUGUGGAAAUUGCCCCUUUUAUAGCCAAAAACUCUAAGAGGAGUAUCUUGGAUUAAUGAUUUGGAGAAUUUCAUUUUUUUCUUCUUCUAA